AUGGAAAGGGCGGUGAAGGAUUUGGUGAAGGAGAUGAGAGAGCUGAGGCUGGGGGUGACGGAAGAGCUAAGAGAAUUGAGGCUGGAGGUGAAGAGAGUGAGAGAAAGCUUGGAAGGAGAGGCAGCGGCAAGGAGAGAGGAGGAGGAAGAAGGAGAAAUUGUUACUGAGCAACAGUUUGAUCGUCAACAACAGUUGGCAGGUAACAGUAUAGUAGCGGCCACGGCAAUACAGCAACGUCGCACCAUAAUAAAGGGUCAGCUCACUCGAAUAAAUAAUUCUCUCUCCGACGAGACGACAGGUCCGGACGCUCAAGUCAGACAAGGAAAGAUCGAAGAGCUGUGGCAUAAAUUUGAAGAGAUUCAAAAAGCAAUAGAGGAGAAUAGAAUGAACGCGAUCGACCCGGAAGGAGACCAAGAAGAUCCCGAAGGAGCGAUAACACAAGAAGCGGAAAAGGAAAGGGAGAUGUUCGAGAGCACCUAUUAUGCAGCAGCAGCGAAAAUCCAAAGGAUAACACUGGCGGCACAAGCGCGACAGGAACCACAAAGACUCGAAGCGCAAAUUGAUAGGCUAAAGCAGGAGGAUCAAAACCCGAGUAUUAAGCUACCGACCUUGAAGUUGCCAGAAUUUAAAGGAGAGUACGACGAAUGGUUGCUCUUCAAAGAUGCAUACAUAUCAAUGAUUCAUACUAACACUAGUAUCGCAGCGAUACAAAAGUUUCAAUAUUUGCGGAGCGCUCUUAAAGGAGAAGCGUUACAAGUUAUCGGCGGACUAGAAAUCUCAGCGGAGAAUUACGUGAACGCGUGGGAAUUACUUACGAAGAAUUAUGAUAAUAAUAAACUUCUAAUUAACACGCACAUUAGUCAGUUAUUGGAUUUUCCAGUCGUGGCAAGAGACAAGCCUGCAACAAUCAGACAGUUCGUUAUGCACAUACGAACACACUUGAAAGCGCUGAAGACGUUACAACUUCCAGUUGAUCACUGGGAUGAGCUUCUGAUACACCUAACAAAAGGCAAGUUGGACUACAACACGCAGAAGGAUUGGGAAGAAGAAACAAGUCGAGAUAAAAUAAAUAGGAAAACGUUAGAGGAUUAUUUAACGUUUUUGAACGAACGUUGUCGCACUCUAGAGCUGCUCGAUAAAGGAAAGGGCAAGCGCGACACAUCGAAGCCAGCAACCUCAAAGAAACACGGCAAUGCAGUAUCUCUAGCGGCUACCACCCAACAACGCUGUUCGAUUUGUACAGAAUCUCACAUGGUGUAUAAGUGUCCGCAGUUCCUGCAGCUGGCAGUUACAGAAAGGAUUCGAGAGGCAAAGGAAAAGAAGCUGUGUCUAAACUGUCUAGGAAAAGGUCAUUAUGCAACUAAUUGCAGGGCAUCAGCGUGCAGAAAAUGCGAGAAGAAACAUAACACGUUGCUACAUCCAGUUUCAGAAGAGAAAUCGUCGAUAGCUCAAUCGUCCAAUGAAGAUUCAGAAAAGAAAGUCAUAGUGCAUUGCGCAAGAAACGAAGCUAUCAAGUCACCAGAAGAAGCAAUCUCAGUUUCAAGCGUAGUACGAAAAUCAACAACACAGGUAAUACUAUCAACGGCCGAAAUUCAAGUAGCGGAUGCCGAAAGAAAGUGGCAGAGGUGUCGGGUGCUCUUAGACCCAGGCUCACCGUCAAAUCUGAUUACAGCGGAACUCGUACGUAAGCUCAGUUUAAAGUGUAAAGAAGAAUGCGAGAGUAUCAGCGGCAUUAAUAGGUCACGGAUGAGUGCUGCACGGAAAGUGACGGUAAAAAUCAGAUCAAUGCAUUCUGAUUAUGAAACUAAUGUUGACUGUCUUGUUUUACAGAGCAUUACUGAAAAAAUACCGCAGGUGAAGAUCAAUGUCGACGCGGUAAGCAUACCGAAAGGGUUGCUGAUGGCGGAUCCACGGUUUCACGAACCGGGUACCAUUGAUCUCCUUUUAGGAGCAGGAUUAUUCUGGCAAUUAAUAUGUCCGGAUUCGAUCAAGCAAGUGAAAGGCUUACCGAGACUACAAAAUACGCUAUUAGGAUGGAUUGUAGGCGGAGAGCUCGUCGACACGAGAGAUCGGAAUUCAUCGCUGUUCUGCGGACUGAUAACUAAUUCAGCGCUGCAAUCGCAAUUAGAGCGAUUCUGGAUCCAAGAGGAGAUUCAAGAAACGAGGAGUCUCACGGAGGAAGAAGCAGACUGCGAACGACAAUUUUGCGAGUCGGUAAGGCGUGACAAUGGCGGGAGGUUUAUAGUGGCUUUGCCGGUGAGACCAUCGGUUGUGCUCGGAGAUUCAACAACACAAGCAACUAGAAGAUUAUACUCUCUAGAAAGACGAUUUAAAGCAGACCCGGAAUUAAAGUCAGCGUACGUGAACUUCAUGGAAGACUACGAGAACCAAGGGCACAUGUCGCUCAUCUCGGAAGAUUUUCCAGAAAACCCAGUAUACACUUCCACAUCAAGCGCAGAUAUUGCCGCAAUGUUUCGGCAGAUCAUCGUUCGAGAAGAAGACCGAGCUCUGCAGAGAAUAUUAUGGAGAACGUCUCAAACACAACAGAUUCGUACAUACCAGUUAAAUACUGUUACUUAUGGCACAGCUCCUGCGCCAUAUCCAGCAAUGAGAUGCCUACAGCAAUUGGCCGAUGAAGAGAAAGUGUUUCAUCAAGCAGCCCUUGUUCUAAUGUAG